AUGAAGCCCAUUUCGCUGAGCUUUGCCUCUCUAGCAGCACUCCUGUCUGGAGUUAGCGGCCUUGCUCGGUUCUCUGAACGCUCAACAUCUAAUCCAAACUGCUUUCCAUUCGGCAGCCAGGCGAAGCUCAAUGCAAAUCUUCAACCCCCCCACGUUUCGAGAGAAGAGUGGUGGUGUCCUCAAUCCGACUUUUAUGGGUUUCUUGGCUUUUCAUUCCCCUUUCAGUUUACCAACAUGGACUUUGAAGUUGCAAGUAUUAGCUCUCACAUGCAGCAGAUGAAACGCCAAUUUGGCGCUACAAUGAUUCGCAUGUACAUACCGGAAAGCUACACCACACAGCUAUGGGAAAACGUGCUAGAGGCUGCCAUUUUGAACAACAUGGGAGUUGUCGUCCAAGUAGCAUUCCCGAUCAGUGGCAAUGAUGCAAGUAUUUCCCGCAGACAUAGUUCGCCACAGCUCUCUUGGGAAAAGGUUCUGGAAACAACGCUCUUCGAAACCCUUGCUCACAGCAAAUAUUCCAAAAUUGCACCGUAUGUUAUCUAUGCUGCCGAGUAUCUCAAUGAGCCAGUCGGAGAUUGCGACAUGUGCGCCGCAGGCAGCAACGGCAAUGCAUCUGAGCCGGCCAGCUUGACGAAUCUGACUAUGGGCAUGUCUAAUUUCCGGAAGGAGAUGCACAAAUAUGGUAUCCCAGCAGGAAUUAGCGAGGAUUGGGAUAGACCUUAUUUGAUGAGCGGUGCACCUGGUUCUGAUGGACUGGGUGUUGGAUUGGGCACAGUGGGAAAGGCGCUUGAGCCAGUAUUGGACUUUAUCCACGCCCAUGUCAUGGCUUACUAUCACAACAUUCAAAUUGACGAUGCUUGGACUUAUACUGCAAAUCAGGUUCUGUGGUAUAAGAAGUAUCUUCCACAGUUUCCGCUCAUCAUCUCAGAGAUGAUGUGGGCUACAGGCUACAAUGUUUUGCAUGCUGGUGGCUAUAUUACUGGUUUUGCUAUUGCAGAAGUGAGCGAAGCUGAUUAUACCAAGUUUUGGAAGACAGUGGAUGCAAACUGCGCUUUCCUGAAAGAACACAACACGGCAUAUUUUAUCCAUGCUUGGAGGCAACAAGGUACUCUCAAUAUGCUUCAGAAUGAUGGAAGCGUUGUAAUUCCAAAUUGGAAGCCUAAGAAGUGGUGCUAG